AUGAAUGACACUUCCAUUGAUGUUGCAAAGGAGAUGGUAAAGGAACUCGAGAUCACAGAUUGGGAGCCAGUCGAGAUUGCUAAAAUGAUUGAUGGAGAGAUCUCUUCUUUGGUUCCUGGUAACAUGUAUGCAGCUUCGAGUUCAAGUAACUGGAGAUUAGCAUCAGACAACCGCUCACUUACAAGGAACCGCUCACUUGUAGACGUGCAGAGGCAGUUACUGCAGCGGUCUCUGUUGGAAGAGGCUAGGAAGAGAAGGUUGUUCAAAACUGUUGGAGACGUAGAAAACGUUGGGUUUCAGUCACCUUAUGCUGUCUCCAGGAAGCCACGUAGCUCAAGGCGCUAG